AUGGAGGGACCGAUGAAGAGACGGGGGACGGCCACUGGGCCGGAUGGCCCAAAAGACCCAAUUGGGAACCGAGCGUACGUCUCAACGAAUGAGCAAAAGAGGUCCGGCGGCAGCAAGAUGAAUCAGGAUGGAACUCCCAAUGCGCCGGGACGGAAUGUGCAUCCUGACUUGACUUGCUUGCUGUGUAACUGGGGGCUGUUAUACUUGGUCCUUAUGGUGACUCUCAAUGGCCAAAUUUCUGUUCGACGUGCACAAGAAUCUCGAAAGUAA